GCGGAGCUUCCGGUGGGGAGAGCGGAAGCAGCGGGUGGAUGCGAGGCGGGCAGCGGGCAGUGAUGGGGGUUCGCGGGCUGAAGGCAGCGGUGGAGCUGGCGCCGGGGGCGGCCCGCGAGAGCAGCACGGAGAAAGGGCACGCAGAUGGGCAGCCCGUGGUGAUCCUUCUGGGCUGGGCAGGCUGCCAGGACAGGCAUCUGGCCAAGUACAGCGCAUUGUACAGUCAGAAGGGGUGCACUGUCAUCCGCUACACAGCUCCGUGGAGGACGAUAUUCUUCGCUGAGAGCUUUGGCUUCAAAUCCCUCCACACGCCAGCCAAGAGACUCCUGGAGCUGCUCUUUGACUACAGCAUUGAGAACAGGCCGGUGCUUUUCCACGUCUUUAGCAACGGUGGUGCCAUGCUCUACCGUUACAUCAUUGAGGCGCUUCACACUCAGCAGCCCUUUAAGAACCUCAAAGUGGCAGGCGCUGUUUUUGAUAGUGCCCCUGGCAGAAGGAAUUUGAGAGGAGCCCUUCGUGCCUUGGCCACUGUCCUGACAUCCACGAACGUGCUGCUCAGGUAUCUCCUUAUGCUCACUUUUGCUACUGCAGUUGUCCUGCUGCAGAUCCUGCUGUACCCACUGACUCGCUUCAUCCACGAGAGCCACUAUGAUGCCCUGCUGAAGGCGCCCUCCCGGUGGCCGGAGCUUUACCUCUACUCCCAGGCGGAUGCCAUCAUCAGUGCCAGUGAUGUUCAGCACAUGGCUGACGCGCGGCAGCGGCUCGGUGUCCCUGUGAAGGCUGUGGACUUCACAGAUUCGGCUCACGUCAGCCAUCUGCGGGUGUAUCCCACCUACUACAGCACCCUCUGCACGACUUUCCUGUCUGACUGCGUCAGGACCUUGCCUCCUUAGUGCUGUAACGGCCUCUGCUUGCUCAGAUUGUGAGGAAUGCCAUCCCCUUUGCCUUUAUGUCGUUGAAGGGAGGAAAGCAAAGACUUUGUGCUUUUCUUCCCCAUCAGUUACAAGUCUGAGAGCCGGCCACAACAUAGCAAAAAGUAGAUCUGGAGUAAUUUAAACAACUGAAGGUGCUGCAAUCUGAGCCCUGAGGUGGUGGUUUUUUUCACACGGAGUGUUGCUUGUUUCCUCCUGUCUUGUGAUGUUCUCCAUAUCUGUGUGUCGUGUCCAGUGUGAUGUUCUGUGGCCUGGUACUGAUUCUACAAUACAGCAGACACUCUGCA